GCCGUACGGUGUGGUAUGCUGGUGCUGGCCGUGACACACUCUUGACUUGUGCCCAUAGAUGCAGCUGUUGCUGCGCUCUCGAGGCUUGUAAAACUGUCAUCACUAGAAGAAGCUUUAGAUAAAUAUUAUUGGACGUUUUAAAACAUUUUAUGUCUGUACCCAUUGUGUGGGUAAAAUGUUCCUAAUUAUUUUGCCAUAUUAAUGCGUCUUGUGCCUUCUGAAUGAAAUUUCAAACUGCGUGAGAUUCGUGAAAAUGUUGUGGAAACUGUCUGCUUUUUCCUACUGAAAAAUUAUACGCUUUUGUAGCAAUUUUUCGUGUGAUACAUCGGUUAUUAAUUAUCUGAAAGCUGCUAUUGUUUGUGUCCAAUCAUUAAAGUUUAUAGGAUUCAUCCAUCAAGCAGUAGCUUGCCGUUGAGGUUUGAGCGACCUCCCUGAUAAACUCUGAAGAUAUCAUUUAUCAAGACUUUCUUCUGCAGCCUACACCAGCUACGCCUAAUGUAAUUUGUUUGGCUUCGCUUGCACAAAUUACAUUUCUUCGCCCUUUUUUCCUCGUUUUAGAUCGUUCGAUCAUCCCCGACAGCCUAAUAAAAGAAGGCAGAUCAGCAUCGCUCCCGAAUUAUUAACUUCUAUAUACAUCGUCGCUAACAACCGAAGAUUUUGUUAGGCAACGUCAUCAUUUUUAACCGCGUCGUGGUCUAAGAUUGAGAUCGUCGCGGAGAUGACGAAUCUGGCGCUGGCGAAGGCGAGUCCGCCAAGUUGGCUGGGAAGCCGCGACGGGAGUGGAACAGAUAAUUCGGCGAGCGCUGCUUCAUCUGGUAGCCCUCCCUCAGCGUCACCUCCGAAUCCGUCUUCUUCUUCUAGAUCUUUUCAGCCCGCCCUGCCAAACUCGGAUCAUACGAACAGUUUUGACGAUCGUUUGCAAAAGCAUCAACGUUCUGUAAACGACUUACGAUCGGAACAUUUUCUGAAUCCUUAUGCGUUGCCUUCACAACACGCGGAGGCUAUCCGGCAGUGUCUUCUGAAUCCUCAAACGGCAUUGACACAUGGGAGGGAAAUGCCAAACAAAUCAGGCAAUCUUCUUUGCUUUUCAACUGCAAUGUCCCUUCCUAAUCAACAUCUAUCUUCAUCCAGCUCAAAAUCCUCAUUCAAUCCCAGGCUUUCACCUAGUCAGCAGUCACAUCUAUUUCAAUCUUAUAACUCUCCUCUCGAAGUUGAACUCAAUUGUCGAAAACAAUCUGUUUCGCCUCUGUCAUCAAGAUCAAACUCGUCCUUCGAGUUUCCCGAAAUGCUGCCAUUUUCCGUUUCACCGCCUCUGUCAAAUGGUUCAGCUUUUUCUUUGCGCUCAAAUUUAGGUACACAAUGCCCUAGUUCAUCUUCCGCACUGCAGGAUUUUAAUGCUGGGUUGCUUGGACUAACGAGACCACUUUUCCCUCUUGGACAUUCAACCGAGGAGCAGCGUAAGGUAUCCUCUCUCUUGGAUGGCCCAAGACUCGUGAGAGAAACACCUGCGGAUCUGACGAUACCUUCAAACUGCUCUGAAAUAAUGAGAAAUAUGGCCGCCAAGUACAACUUCAAUAAAAUUGGAUCAUUCGGAGGUGCACCCUCAUUUCCUUCUGUAUAUCCUGAGAUAUCUGCCAGACCCAGUUUACUUCAGCAUCGUAAACAAAGUCUUCUACCUUCUCUUUUGCCGGCGGAAAGCUUCAUUCCAUUGAAUUCAUCGCGCUCUUCGGUUCUUCCAAAAGGCAACGUUAAAGUUUCAUCCUGCGCUACUUCGACUGCCAGGUCUCUUCAGUCACCUAUGAGCUUGCCUGUAACCACCGCCGACUGCAUGUCAUCUGCUCAGAUGUUGAUCAAUAUGGUCAGAAAUGUUUCUAGUCUUCAACAUCAUCGCAGUUUUUCGCAAAACACUACUAAUACAUCGCUAGCAUCAGAAACGCAUGCUAGUGUUUUGAACCCCAUUCACUUCACUCCCGAAAGUAUUGCCUCUUCGUUUCCAAACUUGCCUGCAGCCUCAGGCGGUCAGAAGCGCUGCAUGGAGUCGUCUCCUCUCGAUCUAUCACCUCCGCACUCGCAGCCCAAGCGCGCACGACUUGAAUCUGAAGACAUCGACGUUGAAAAUGAUGAUAAAUCAGAAAUAUACUCGCAUAACGAACCCUACUCUGCCCCUGUCUCGAAUGAAAAUGAGUCGGAAAGUGUGUCGGUUGGGGACUGCUCUUUGAAGUCUUCGCAACUGAUGAACGCCUUAUCGUUGCCAGAGGAUCCCCUGAAGUGGACCGUUACCGACGUCUAUAACUUCGUGAAGAGUAUUGACAUCUGCGCCGAGUAUGCUGAUAUAUUUCGGGAGCAACGUAUAGACGGCUGCGGACUAUCGCUACUCACAGAGUCUCACCUCACGACGAGCCUGCACCUCAAGUUAGGACCUGCGCUCAAGCUGCGCGCGCUCUUCGAUUGCCAAAUGAACCGAAACGCGGACAACACAAACUGCGCUCAGUGUCCGGCCACUGACGCCGAUAACUGCUUUAGUUGUGACUCUGAUGUCGGUGCUAGUGAAGCUGGUGCCAGAGAAGGUAGCAGCAUACAUCUUCAUCAUGAAAAAGAGUUGUAAAUAUGAACAAUGUAAAUAAGCAAGAAAAGUUAUGAAUACUUUUCAUUCAAGUCCCAUUAAUAUUGCAUAGUCAAUUGAGUUCUCUAAAUCUCUUCUUAUGCAAUAAAUCCUCGUGUAUGAUAUUUGAUAUGACCACACGUGUACUCGUAUUCACAAAGUCCAAAAUGCGAAUUAGAAAUUUAUUUUUCGAUUACACGUUGCAAGAAAUUCAUUUUUGGCCCUAAAUAUCGACUUUCGACAUAAACAACACAAAUUUUAGAAUCGCUUGAAUAGUGACAGAAAGUUCGUUCAAACAGCUUAAAAAUUUUUGCAUUUAUUAUCUGUUGAAAAAUUUGUAUUUUUUAUAGAUGAGUUAUCGAGGUUUUGCCAAUUGUUUCCUGUAAAUAUUGCAAAGCGUUGCACUAACCAAAAAAAGACAACCAAAGACAUUAGAGUUCGUAAAGUUGUGCGAUAUAUUUUUUAUGCAUUGCAGAAUGCACUGUCGUUCAAAUGAUAAAAUAUUAACAACGUAGAAAUUAUACAUUAUGAAGUGCGAUAUUGGAGUGAUAUGGUUUAAAUAAAUUACUGAAAAUCUCGCGCAUUUUCUUUAGUCAAUUUUUCGUUACUGGUGUGACUAGUUUUUGUUGUUAAAAUUUUAAAUUUAUUAUAGGAACGGAAUCCAGUUUCGAAGAUUUAUGUAGUAUUGUGUUCCUGUCAGUUUUGGGGUCACUUUGUAAUACUUCCGUGUAUUAGGUAGCAUUUUCGUGUAUUAGGUAGCAUUUAAUAUGUAGCUACUUAAUGAUAAAUAUUACGUUAUUACGUCAUACGUUUCUAAAUUGACAUGUUUAUUCAGCUUUGAAUUGAUUACUUUUUCAAGGAAUAAUACAACAGUGAUUUAAAACAAAUACCUAUUGUGUAUUCAUGUAUAUUAAUCGUAUUAAUAUAUGUAUAAAACCAGCAGGUUAAUCAUAAGUUUGUAUUAACAUUUCAGGUGCAUAUUUUCUUCUAAUAAAUAUAUUCAGUACA